ACUGAUCCAACAGCUCCAAUGCAUAAACAGCAAUCCAUGAUUUUAGUAGAUAUAAACUCCCCAGGUAUAAAGAUAGAGCGACCACUGACAGUGUUUGGUUUUGAUGAUGCACCACAUGGGCACGCGGAAAUACUGUUUGAGAAUGUGUGUGUCUCAGAGAAGAACAUUGUUCUUGGAGAGGGGCGUGGGUUUGAGAUUGCACAGGGUAGGUUGGGUCCUGGAAGGCUGCAUCAUUGCAUGAGGUUAAUAGGUGCAGCUGAACGUGGUAUGCAGAUGAUGGUUCAGAGGGCUAGUGAGAGAAGAGCUUUUGGAAAGUUUAUUGCUGAGCAUGGUUCAUUCCGUUCUGAUGUUGCCAGAUGCCGAAUAGAAGUGGAGAAAACGAGAUUGCUAAUUCUGGAAGCUGCAGACCAGCUUGAUCGGUUAGGGAACAAAAAGGCUCGUGGUACCAUAGCAAUGGCAAAGGUAGCAGCUCCAGAUAUGGCACUGAAAGUAGUUGACAUGGCAAUGCAAGUGCAUGGAGCAGCUGGGCUAUCAGGGGACACUGUUCUAGCACAUCUGUGGGCUACAGCCAGGACGUUGAGAAUAGCAGAUGGUCCAGAUGAAGUGCACUUGGGGACCAUUGCAAAGUUAGAGUUACGGAGAGCCAAACUGUGAUCAUCCUGAAUCCUGAAGACACAAUAAAUAAUGUACGUUUAUUAAGGAGGAAAUAAAUUUGGAUUGCACUCACUUUGUAAUUUAAAAUUUUUUUAGUUAACGCCCCAUCGGGACAUAUGAUCCGGCGGAAAAAGAAAUAAAUGGUAUGGCUUGCAAAUUGCAUAAA